GGAUAGCGGAAUGGAACCCUAUCACUGAACGUGUGAGUGUAAUAAUGUACGAUCAAUCUAACUAUUUGUUGGUAAAGAGUACCCUAAGAUUUAGUAGAUCUUCGGCUGGAUUUCGGAGCCGGGUUCGAAUUCGUGCGUAACUUCAAAAUAUUCCUCGUACUUUAAGCUGUGGGCGUUUUAUAAUAGUGACAGUCAAUCACUUAGUGUGUAUGGUGGGUGGUAAAGUGAUGACUGGCUACUUUCCAUCUGGUCACUUUGAAGUUGCCCACGAAGGCUUGGCAUAUCAAUAAUGGCAAAAAGACGCAUUUGGCCCAAUAAUGUCCUGGACUUUUGUGCUUUUUUGUUUGUUGUAACAGCUGCUAUUGUGAUUUUUUUUUAUGAAAUUUUUGUAGUAAUUCCCUAUGUCCAUGUUGAUAAAACCUGGUUGUAUUAUCUUCACUACAUCUGUGGAACGUUUGUUGUUUCCAAUAUACUUGGAAACUUGUUUGGAAUUAUGGUUACAGACACCACCAGUGGCAGUGCCAUUUUGCCAUCAGUGUUAAAGCCCAACUGGAGAUUCUGUCCUGGGUGUGAAGCUAAUUCACCUCCUCGUUCAUUUCAUUGCAAUGUCUGUAAAACAUGUGUUUUAAAACGUGAUCAUCAUUGUAUUUUCUCAGGAUGUUGUAUUGGAUACAAAAAUCAGCGUUUUUUUAUUGGGUUUCUAUUCUACAUGAUGAUAGGAUGCUUAUAUGCUACAGUUCUCAACAUGUUCUUUGUAUGGGAUAUGUUAGGAGGAUUCACCCCUUUUUCUAUUUUUGCUCAUGUUUUGCCAUUUAUUUUCUGGAUAACUGGUUAUUUGGAGUUAGGUGCCACUUUUGCCACAUUAUUUUCUAUGUUGUGUAUCACUGGCUUUGGAUUUGUAGCCAGUCUGUUGGCUUUUCACUUACAGCUUCUUCUCAGGAAUCAAACCACAUUUGAAAAGAACCAUGGAAUAACUGAAUACAACUUAGGUUGGAAAGAAAACCUUAUUCAAACAUUAGGAGAAAGAUGGUACAUUGUGUGGGGUUUUCCUCUUCUCAGAUCUCCUCUUCCAGGAGAUGGAAUCAUUUUUAUGAAUGAAGAAGAACUAAAACUUUCAUCCACUAAGAACAGAUAAAUGAGAGCACAGUUAAUUUUACUGAAAUGUAUGUAGUAUUUUAUGUAUUUUUCAUGUCAUGAUGCAUAAAACUAAAACAGAACUUACUCAUAUGUUUUGUUAUAUUAGUCUGUAACCUUUCAAUUUGUAAUUUUUAUUGUGAUGAUCAAAAGUUUUAAAUUCAAUCUUAUACCUCUGUGUACUUUUGUCACCGUGUGUGGAAAGUUGUACUCAUUUUGUUGUGUUUUUUUCCUUGAGAAUUGAGAACUGGUAACAAUAAUGAAAUAAAAUAUACAUAAACCAUUUUCAAUUGUGGCUCACAGUAGAUUGUUUGUAACAUUUUUAAGGAUUGUUAAUCAGUACACCGUAAUUAUUAGUUUAAAAGACAUAUGUAUAAAACACUUUUCAAUAUGUUCUCAAAUAAUAGUAAUGUGUUAUGAAAAAUAAGUUAGAAGGAAUACAAGAAUGUAUCUGGCAGGAACCAAUUUAUAUUGAAAUUUUAUAAAAAGAAGUAUUAAUUGAGUAGUUUUUUUUGAAGAUUUAAAAAACUAAAAGAUAUUCCUCAUUUUUUGAGUGCUAAAGCUAUUUAAGUACUUAAUUGAAUUGGUGUAUAAUUUUCAGUUAAAGAUAAAAUUGUAUAUGGAUUGGUGGAGCAAAACACUUUAAUAACUAUAAACAGUAUAUAUUUUAUGAAAAAUUAAUAUAGGCUUCUAGUGAUAAGUUAUGGUCAGUUAACCAAUAAUAAGUUAACAUAUGUUUUGACAAUGUUUUAUCUAAAAUAGAAUUAUUAUAAAAAAAUGUAUCUCAUACAUGUAAAUAUCUUGUAAGAAUUUACAGAGGGCACUUAAAAAUAAAAAAACAGAAAGGAUGAGAAACAA